UGCUUUGUGGGGCUGGUAGAUGCUGAGGGGCUUGUGACAUUUGCAUAUUCUCUCGAGAAUAAUAAAAACUGAUACACUUGAGAGUCAAAGCUUCCAAUUUCCAUCAUCACCGAUUCGCUUCUACAAGAUGCAUCUGAUAAAUGCGGUCAUGGCCACCAGGAUGGUCACGACGCUAGCCCAAUCGAACGGCGUCGGAGAAGGAAUUCCUUUUGGAUCCGUCUGGUGGUUCAUUUACGCUGGCAUCUCCUGCAUACUCGUUCUCUUCGCCGGUAUCAUGUCCGGUCUUACGCUCGGCCUCAUGUCCCUCGGCCUCGUCGAGCUCGAAAUUCUCCAACGUAGCGGCACCUCUUCCGAGAAGAAACAAGCAGCUGCUAUUCUUCCCGUGGUUCAAAAGCAGCACCAGCUUCUAGUGACUUUGCUUCUAUGUAAUGCUGCCGCCAUGGAGGCUCUUCCUCUAUACCUCGAUAAGCUUUUCAAUCAGUAUGUUGCUAUAAUACUUUCCGUGACAUUUGUUCUGUUUUUUGGGGAGGUUAUUCCUCAAGCAAUAUGUUCCAGAUAUGGACUCGCAGUAGGUGCCAAUUUUGUAUGGCUUGUGCGAAUUUUGAUGAUUAUUUGCUAUCCAAUAGCAUAUCCCAUUGGGAAGAUUCUGGACUGGGUACUGGGGCAUAAUGAAGCAUUAUUUAGACGCGCUCAGUUAAAAGCUCUGGUUUCCAUCCACAGUCAAGAGGCUGGCAAGGGAGGUGAACUCACACAUGAUGAGACAACAAUUAUUAGCGGAGCACUGGAUUUAACUGAAAAGACUGCUGAAGAGGCUAUGACGCCUAUUGAAUCCACUUUCUCAUUAGAUGUCAACUCCAAGUUGGAUUGGGAAGCAAUGGGCAAAAUUCUUGCUCGAGGGCAUAGCCGAGUUCCUGUCUAUUCUGGGAAUCCAAAGAAUAUUAUCGGACUUCUUCUGGUGAAAAGCCUUCUCACUGUACGACCUGAGACAGAGACCCCAGUCAGUGCUGUUUCGAUUCGAAGAAUUCCACGGGUUCCAUCUGAUAUGCCUCUGUAUGACAUACUGAAUGAGUUUCAAAAGGGUAGCAGUCAUAUGGCAGCUGUCGUGAAGUCUAAAACAAAAACCAAGGUUCCUAUGCUAACUGGAGAAAAAAUUGAAGAAAAUGGAGCUUCUGGGGAUUCCCUAUUGACAACUCCACUGCUAGCCAAGCAAGAUGAGAAAUCAGAUAGUGUUGUUGUUGAUAUCAAUAGGGUUUCAAGGCCAUCCCAUAUAAAUAAGCAAACCUCUUCACAGCGUAAUGAUGCAGCAACCAAUGGUUUGCCCCAACCAUCAGAGGACAUUGAAGAUGGUGAAGUUAUUGGUAUCAUCACAUUGGAAGAUGUAUUUGAAGAACUUCUGCAGGAGGAAAUUGUGGAUGAAACAGAUGAAUAUGUAGAUGUACAUAAAAGAAUCCGUGUGGCUGCAGCAGCAGCUGCUUCAUCAGUGGCACGAGCUCCAUCAAGUCGGAGGUUGACAGUUAACAAGGCAGCUGGAGGCCAAAGCAAGCCUGGGCAAACCCCGCGGAAAUCUGAGAAUGAUUCAAGUACCCCAAGGUUACUGGGAACUGCUGGGGAGCUACCUUCUGGAAACAAGAGAUAAGAAAAGAUUCACAGUUGUGUAUUUAUUGCAAAAGUUCUGAAAAGAAAGGUACUUUUUGUCCAUACGGCAAUAAAUAUGAAAUAAAUGCUUGUAAUAUAUGAAAAUAGUGUACUGAGCAGACUAUCUAUUCCUUUCAGCAACGUGCUCUUCCAUUGCGUUUUUUAUUUGUACUUGAGAAAAUCUGUGCAUAGGCUUCAAUUACCUGUUGGAACCAAUAGAGAAAGAUUCGGGAUUUUUUUUUCCUU